GUCCGUGCAAAGGGCAAAGUUUCCCCUGUUGCGUGAGCAGAGCCUUCCUGCAGCAGCAGCAGAGAAAACACAUUCCUGCUGGACGACAGAGACAGAAACAUUAAAGCUCCUUUCACUCAGGCUCAGAGGAGAUGGCUGAGAGGAAAGCCGUCUUGUUCAACUUCUGGGGAGUUGCUGUCUCUUCCAGCCCUCGUGAUGUUUUCCGCAGGUUGGAGGAGUUGCAUCACCUGCCUGGUGGUUUUCUGUCCGCCGUGGCGUCCCGAAGGGACAGCGCCAUGAGCCGGGCGGAGAGAGGUGAGGUGACCCUGUCUCAGAUGAUCGCAGCCUUUGAGGCGGAGUGUGUGAAGGAGGCCCAGGUCAGGGGUGUGACUCUGCCGUCCGAUUGGUCAGUCAGAGGCCUGCUGGAGGAGCUCAGGGAGGCGAUGAUGGACGUCCAACCAGCCGUGCUGAAGGCAGCCGCCGGUCUGCGUCACCGUGGGUUACUGACGGCCGUGCUGGCCAAUCACUGGCUAGAUGACAGCGCGGCUGGAGACGGUCCAGCCCGCCUUCUGUCUCUGCUGGGCGGCCAUUUUGACCAGGUCCUCCAGUCCUGCCGCUCGGGUCACAGGGUCCCCGAGUCCUCCGCGUUCAGCUCUGCUCUGCGGCACCUGGGAGUGACAUCGCAGCAGGCUCUGUGGUUGGACGCAGAUGAGGAAGGUGUGAAGGCAGCAGAGGGAGCGGGGAUGAAGGCCGUCUUGGUGGAAAAUCUGGCCGACGCUCUGGACAAACUGGCCGACUUCACUGGAGUUCAGGCUGCUGGAGCAGAGAGUCCUCCGCCCUCCUGCAGCCCAGAUGAAGUGUCUCAUGGUUACGUCACCAUCGGGCCUGGUGUGAGGACUCAUUAUGUUGAAAUGGGCUCAGGUCCACCAGUUCUGCUGUGUCACGGCUUCCCUGAGAGCUGGUACUCCUGGAGGUACCAGAUCCCGGCCGUGGCAGCAGCAGGGUUCAGGGUGUUGGCUCUGGACAUGAAGGGGUACGGAGAGUCCACAGCGCCCCCAGACACAGAGGAAUAUUCUCAGGAGCAGCUCUGCCAGGAUUUAAUCACAUUUCUGGACAAAAUGGCGAUACCUCAGGUCACCCUGGUGGGUCACGACUGGGGCGGCGUUCUGGUGUGGACCAUGGCUCAGUAUCAUCCUGAGAGAGUCAGCGCUGCGGCGUCUCUGAACACUCCUCUGUUCCCCGCCGAUCCUUCUGUAACUCCUGCAGAGAGACUGAAGGCUGAACCCAGAUUUGACUACCAGCUCUACUUCCAGAAACCUGGCGCGGCGGAGGCCGAGCUGGAGAAAGACUUGGAGAGGACCUUUAAGAUUUUCUUUUUCAGCAGCGGUGAAGCGGCGAAGCGUCCUGCCGUCAGCACCGCAGGAGUCUGCGCUCGAGGUGGUCUGUUUGUGGGUCUGCCGGAGCAGAUUCCCCGGAGCUCCGUGCUGACGGAGGCCGACCUGCAGUACUACGUCAGCCAGUACAGAGAGCGAGGCUUCAGGUGGCUCAAAACAGGACACGGUAUCUGUUCACAGGCCGCUAACAUUUUCAUACAGAGUCGAUCACCGUCUUGUGUUUGGUUUCACAGGAGACCGUUGAACUGGUAUCGUAACGGGGAGGCGAACUGGAGGUGGAUGUGUUCUCGUCCCACUGCAAAGCUGCUGAUGCCUGCUCUGAUGGUGACGGCAGGUAAAGACCAGGUUCUGCUGCCGGCCUUCUCCAAAGGGAUGGAGGACUUGAUCCCGAACCUGAGCAGAGGACACAUCGAGGAGUGUGGACACUGGACUCAGAUGGAAAGGCCAGCGGAGACAAACAGCAUCCUGAUAUCAUGGCUUAGAGAGACGCACAAGAAGGCUGGAGGCGUUAAAGUGGCCCCCAAACUGUGAGGGGGAGGGAGGGAGGAGGGA